ACGCGAGCUGGUUUUGCCCAUUUCGUGCUGCGUAUAAAACGCUCGCGGUGGAGAUUUUUCUUCUUCUUAAAAAGGUGGGGCGCUUGAAGAAUCCUAGAAGAAAUACGCACUUGUUCUCAAUGGCCGGCACCGCUGAUCGGCUUGAGGGAUGGGCCGACAAGUGGUCGGCGGACAUCAUCCCGUUCCACCGGGCUGAUGUCAACCCGCACCUCAUGAAGUGGUGUCACAAGCUGGCGCACGACGACCAGCCGAGCAAGUUCCUGGUGCCUCUCUGUGGCAAGUCUGUCGACAUGAUGUGGCUGUACAAGAAAGGGCACACCGUCUUCGGCAUAGAGGGUGUGGAGAAGGCUAUCGUCCAGUUCUUCACGGAAAACGACCUGAAGUAUACGAAAUCGCCCACCGGAGCUGGACAGCUGUUCCAGACAGCGGACGGCCGCCUCCAGCUGCACCAGGCUGAUAUCUGCGAGAUGGAUCCGGCGCUGAUCGGUCCCGUAGACGCCAUCUGGGACCGCGGCUCCUACGUGGCAAUCUACUGCGAGGACAGGCCCAAGUACGCCAAGUUCAUGAAGGGCGUGAUGUCGCGCAAGUGUCAUUACCUGCUGUGGGCGGUGGAAUACGACUCCAGCCUGUUCUCCGGGCCGCCCCGCAAUCUUUCCAAGGAUGACAUUGAGAAGGACUGCGGCUCCUUCGCCAAGAUCGAGUGCCUUACUUGCGACGAGCACACCGUCGAAACAUUCCCUAAGAUGGCGAAUUGGAACCUGAAGGAAAUGAAAGAGGUGGUGUACAUGCUGACCCUCAAGUAGCCAACCACCGCCAUGGUGACUUCCACUGCCGGUCGAAAAAUUUACCCUGCUGUUAUACCGCUUCGAUGAGCGCGCGGAAGAACUGCGAAUGGCUCUCAGGAAGGCGCAACACUGACCAGGUGUCUUCAAACCUUUCCAUCAUGGCCGUAGUCUGUUCAUGAUUCAUAAACGAAGCGAAUCGUCUCGAGGAUCAUGUCUUAAGCCCAUGAUUAAAAGGUAGCUGGCAGCUGGCUCUUGUUCCACCUGCCUUGACAGCUUGCGGUGCCAGCAGAUAUCAGCUGAUACUUUUGGCAGCCGAACCGUGAUAUGCCUCAUAUUUUGAUAUAUUCCAGCUGAUUUGUUACCACUUAUCCAUUUCAUGUAGAAUAUAAUCGACGCAAAUAUG